UGCCGGGCAGGUCGCGGCCAUGGCGGCGGCAGUGUAGCUGGGAGCGGGCGGCGCGGGGCCACCAUGAUCAUCGAGAGCGUAGACGCGCUCAAGUCCUGGCUGGCCAAGCUGCUGGAGCCCAUAUGUGAUGCUGACCCCUCAGCCUUGGCCAACUAUGUCGUGGCAUUAGUCAAGAAGGACAAGCCCGAGAAGGAGCUGAAAGCUUUCUGUGCUGACCAGCUGGACGUGUUCCUGCAGAAAGAAACUUCAGGGUUUGUAGAUAAACUCUUUGAAAGUUUGUACACCAAAAGUUACCUUCCUUCUGCUGAGCCCACAAAGGCAGAGGCAAAGCCUGCAGGGCAAGAGAAAGAAGAAGUCAAGGAGGAGUUGUGUGUUAAACAGAAUUUUCAAGAGUCUGUUGAAGAAGAGCGGGAGAGCAGGAAGAAGAAGUAUUCCAGUCCCCAGAGGAGCCGUGCAGAUUCCAGUGAGCAAAGAACCAGAGAGAAAAAGCGGGAUGAUGGGAAGUGGAGGGACUAUGACAGGUACUAUGAUAGGAGUGACUUGUACAGGGAGAAGUCUGGCUGGCGCCGGGGCAGGAGCAAGAGCCGCAGCAAAAGCAGAGGGCUGAGUCGGAGCCGCAGCCGCAGCAGGGGCCGCAGCAAGGACCGCGAUGGCAGCAGGAGCGGGCUAGUUCAGGUCUGUCGGAAAAGUAAGUGGCACAGAUUACAGCAUUCCACGCACCUUGAGACCGCGUUAGUUAAGGGCAGAGAGCACCGAGAGAGAGAGAGAUCAAAAUACAAGAGUGAAAAAAAUGAUGUUGAAAGCUCAUAUAAUCCAGUGUCUGCGACUCCCAGUAAAUCCUCUGAACAGUAUUCCUCUGCACAAGCUAUUCCCAGUGCUGUAACUGUAGUUGCACCUGCACACCACCUUGAAGGCACCACAGAGAGCUGGUCAAAUUACUUCAACAAUCACAGCAAUCCCAGUUCGUUUGGCAGAAACCCUCCUCCUAAAAGAAGAUGUCAAGACUAUGAUGAGCGAGGCUAUUGUGUCCUGGGUGAUCUCUGCCAGUUUGAUCACGGAAACGAUCCUUUGGUGGUAGAUGAAGUCUCCUUGCCCAGCAUGAUCCCGUUCCCGCCGCCGCCGCCGGGGCUGCCGCCGCCGCCGGGCCUGCUGCUGCCGCCGCUGCCGGGGCCGGUGCGCGGGCUGCGCCUGCCGGUGCCGCAGCCGCACCCGCAGCCCCCGCCGCCCGUCGUGCUGCCCGUCCCGCGCCCACCUUUAACGCAGUCCAGCCUCAUCAACAGCCGUGACCAGCCGGGGACAAGCGCAGUGCCCAGCCUUGCGCCCGUGGGAGCAAGGCUGCCUCCUCCUCUGCCUCAGAACCUGCUCUAUACAGUGUCAGAACAUACAUAUGAGCCAGAUGGCUAUAACCCUGAAGCUCCUAGUAUUACCAGUGCUGGUAGAUCUCAGUAUCGGCAGUUCUUUACAAGAGCACAAAUGCAGCGUCCAAAUCUAAUUGGCCUAACAUCUGGGGAGAUGGAUACAAACCCUCGAGCUGCCAACAUUAUCAUCCAAACUGAACCUCCCAUUCCCAUUACAAAUAACAGCAGCAAUGUCACUAGAGUUGUCCUGGAACCAGACAGCAGGAAGAGAUCUCCAAGCAGCAUGGAGUGUCCACCAUUGAAGAAACCCUGGUUGGGAAAGCAAGUGAAUAACAACCAAAAUAAGCCAGGAUUUUUGAAGAAGAAUCAGUAUACUAAUACAAAAUUAGAAGUUCGAAAAAUUCCACCAGAAUUGAACAACAUUACACAGCUCAACGAACACUUCAGCAAAUUUGGAACUAUUGUAAACAUUCAGGUGGCUUUCCAGAACGAUCCCGAAGCUGCUCUCAUUCAGUACUUGACCAACGACGAGGCGAGGAAGGCCAUUUCCAGCACGGAGGCAGUGCUGAGCAACCGCUUCAUCCGGGUGCUGUGGCACAGGGAGAGCGAGCAGCAGCCGCCGGCGCUGCAGCAGCCGCAGCCGCCGCCCGCCCCGCAGGCGCUGCAGCACCUGCAGCAGCAGCAGCAGGCGCUGGCCGCGCCGCCCGCCGUCACCGUGCACAGCAGCCUGGCCAAGGUGAUGAACAAACCCCUGGCAUCUGGUGCCUACGUCCUUAACAAAGUCCCAGUGAAAAGGCGCCUUGGAGCGGCGGGUGGGAGCCAGCCUGAGCUCAGCCAGCCCGGGGCUGGCGUGGAGGAGUCUCAGAUAUUUCCUACUUCCACAAGCCACUCAAAAAUGGUUUACAGUUCUCCAAACUUGAAGACAACUCUGAAGUCUGGUGCAGGGUCUAAGCCUCAUGACGUGCAAGAAGCCCUUAAAAAAAAACAGGAGGCAAUGAAACUCCAGCAAGAUAUGAGGAAAAAGAAGCAGGAGAUGUUAGAAAAACAAAUAGAAUGCCAGAAGAUGUUGAUAUCCAAGCUGGAGAAAAACAAGGCCAUGAAACCAGAAGAGAGAGCAGAAAUUAUGAAGACUUUAAAAGAACUAACAGGAAAAAUAUCUCAGUUAAAGGAUGAAUUAAAAACUUCAUCUGCAACCUCCACACCAUCUAAAUUGAAGUCCAAAACAGAGGCACAGAAGGAACUGUUGGAUGCAGAGCUGGACUUCCAUAAGAGACUGUCCUCUGGAGAGGACACGACCGAGCUGCGCAAAAAGCUCAAUCAAUUACAAGUGGAGGCUGCCCGCCUGGGCAUCCUGCCUGCUGGCCGAGGGAAGGCGGUGGCAGCCCCGGGCCGGGGCCGCGGCCGCGGCCGUGGGGGCAGAGGCCGGGCCAUGCUGAACCACAUGGUGGUGGAUCACCGGCCCAAGGCCCUCGCCGUGGGAGGCUUCGUGGAGGAGGAGAAGGAUGAAUUGUUACAGCACUUCUCUAAAUUUGGAGAUAUCGAAGAUCUUCAGGAAGAGGAUUCCCCAUUAAGUGUUGUUGUAACUUUUAAGUCCCGCUCAGAAGCUGAGAAUGCUGCUAACCAGGGAUCCCGCUUCAAGGACCGGCGGCUCCAGAUCUCGUGGCACAAACCCAAGGUACCCUCUGUGUCCACAGAAGUCGAGGAAGAGGAGCCCAAGGAAGAGGAGACUGAAACCUCAGAUUUAUUUUUGCACGAAGAUGAUGAUGAUGAUGAUGAAGAUGAGGAUGAAUCCCGUUCUUGGAGAAGAUGAAACUUGAUGUUGGAAAUGUAUAAUUUUAGGAAUAUAGUUCAAACUACAUCUUUUAAACGUUUAUUUAAGGAAGUUGAUGAGCCAAAAAGAGCUUUACUUUCUUUUCAAACCACAAAAUUUACCAUGAGCAGUUUGGUAUGAAAACAUUUGGGACACAGAGCUGUGAGACUGAGCUAGCCAAAGGCCCAGGAACUUCUUACAAGAUUAUCAAGCUCACCAGGGUGGUGAUCUUUUUCUAUUUAAGAAGGAUAAAAAGGGGGGAGGGGGUUGGAAAUCAGUAUUUUCUUGUCCUCUUUUUGUGUCACCUGUAUUACCUUGUUUUGGGUUUUUUAUAAUGUGAUUGGUUUGUUAGUUUAUAAUUGAAAAGAUAUUACAGGUUUUAUUUAGCAAUAUUAAGAGGUUAGGGGAAAGACAAACUUUCAUUAAAUAUUAUGAAAGAAAAACUGGCCUCAUUUGCUCGUUGAAAAAAGGGAGCAUUUUAUUUCCUGUGGAGUCUCAUGUUGUAGGAAUUAUUUGUGGUUAGAUUCUUAAAUCAUUUACUUCAGUAUGUGUGGCAGCCGCACUAUCUCUUUGUUGUGCUGCUUUUUGUGAGAGGAGGUGGAAGAAACAAUUUAACAGGAUAUUGUUGUAACAUUGUCCAGUUCACUCUGUUUCUCCAAAUUCUGCUUCACAGAAAACAUCAGCGGGAGCACACACUGGAGUGGAUUUUCACUCCUUCUUGAUUUCCUUCUGUCAUUUCAGUGUAAGGCUCGGUGUAGGUCAGGCUGUUUAUUGCAUUUCAGUAUUUGUGAGCAAGAAUGGAAGGAGUUCCAGUCUUCCUCAAAAGCAGCUGCACUGGCCCCUGUCUCCCAGCCAGGAGCAACUCUCCUCUGGCUGUUCCCAGCUGUGUUCCAGGCAGAGCCCUGGGCUUCAGAGCAGGGUGGGUUAGAGCAGGGUGGGGUUCAGCCCACAGGACUGGGGUGUCCUGCUUAGCCAGCCCCACAGCAGGGUCCAGUGUCCCAGCCCAGGGCUGCUGAGAGCUGGCUGUGCUGUGGGUGUCCCCGUGUCCCCUCUCAGUGCCCCUGUGCUGUCCCUGUGACCCAGCAGGGCCUGUGCUGGCUCUGGGGCUGGGCUGGCUCUGGGCUCUGUGCCUUGGGGCUGGGACACCCAGCAGCACCUGCCCCGACUGCCCCCUUGCCCUGGCCACUCCUCGACCCCUCUUUUGUGCAUUUCCACACAAAAUCAGCACCGUGGCCAUGCACAGCACUCCUCUCUCUUGAAUGGCUGCCAGUGUAGGCCCCGUAACUCCUGGCUGAGGGACAGCAUCUACCAAACCCUCUGCCUGCCUGUGGCUCUGAGUGUGGCCAGGGCAGGGGCUGAGCACCCUGUGGGCUCAGCCCUGCUGACUCUGUCCUUGUGCUGUGGUGAGGUGUCCAACUUGUGUCAUGUCCUGUUUCUUGUCAACUGAAGGGGAUGUCUCCAGUGUUCUGUCUCUUUCCAAACCUCUCCUCUUCCUAGAAUUAGGACUGUCCUGCUAAUGCUGAGACUAAAUUCCAGGCAUGAAGAAUUGGAGGAGAAACCCACCCCAUGAACUUACAAGAAUGUCUUGCUCUUCUCCCAUCACCUCCAGGGGUUUUAAUGUCUGUGACACAGUGUGUAUCUUGAGAAGUCCAUUGCAGCAAACAUGUCUGAGUCCUGACAACUUAAAAAAGGAGAGAGGGAUCAAAAGGAUUUAUAUAUUUUUUUGUACAGAGUUUUUUCUUAAACUGUAUAAUUUUGUAAAUAUUUUGCUUUUUUGUGUACUAAAAUUACCGGCGUAUAGAUUUCAAUAAGAAUUGUUGUAUUUUUGUAUUUGGAAAAUGAAAUUUACAGUGGAUUAAUUAAGCUGUAAGAGAAAUUGCGGUAGCCUUCGACACACACAGAAUGGAUUCCUUUUCAUAUGGUUUUAGCUCUAAGUGGCACUGGGGUGGCACCUGUGUCAGGUGAGGCAGCGAGGGCCAUCUCUGAGAGCUGCAUCCCAUUGCAGUGUGCCCUCAGUGCCCCUGGCAGGUGCCACAGUGCCAGGUGCCACCGCAGGGCUGGCAGUGCCCCAGGGCUGCUGCACCGGGGGCAGAGGAGGAGGAGGAGGAGAGGAGCUCUGUGCCACUGCCCUGCCUUCUGCCAGAGCUUGGGCACCCCCCUGUAUUUCAGGGCACCCUGUCUUGGGGUGCUUUGGCUUGGAUUUCUGUGUUUCCAGAGGCAGCAGGGCAGGACAGCUGAGUUCAUGUCAUGGUGAUGCUUUAAUGGGAAACUGACCUGUACACAAAACAGCCCUCGGGGGUACCUGUGUGCCCCAGCCAUGUGUACCAGCCUGAGCUGGGGCCAGGCACUGAAGGAUGAGGGGAUGGGGAAAGGAAGUCACUGCAAAGAAUUCCCUCCCUUUCUGUGCUGAAUUAACCUGAGCAAAAAUAAACAAAACCACCUCUAAUACAGAACUAGGCACCUGCUUAGGAAAGCACCACUUAGCAAAAUCAUGUGAAAAGGAACAAAGCUCCUCUUGGUGUAUAGUAACCUUGUACUAUAGUUUUUACAGAUUGUGAACUUGUGUAAUAGGAUAAUAGCAGAUAUUGUUGAAUUUCUAAUUGUUUACACAUUAAAAUUCAUAUAUGUAAUGUUUGUUUUAUUGAUUACAAGCCAAAUUUCUAAGAUGCAUGUUGACUUUUUUUGCAAUAAAGUUAUAGUAUGGAAUGGUUCAAGAUUUAGAAAAGACAAAAUUCUAACUGAAAUAAAUUGGAAGGAGAACCAUUCAAAAAAAA